AUGGCCGCCCCCCACCCCACCAUCGUCCUGGUCCACGGAGCAUGGCACACUCCACCAAACUACCAGAGCUACACAGAUGACCUCCAAGCAGCCGGAUUCACUGUGCAUUGUCCCCGCCUCCCAACCUGCAAUGGCAAUCGACCACCAAACGCGGAGUUCUCAGACGAUGUGGCCCAAGUCCGUUCGAUCAUUACAUCAUGCAUCGAACGAGGCGAGCGCGUACUGGUGAUCAUGCACUCGUACGGUGGAAUGGUUGGCACAGACGCAGCCCAAGGUCUCGAUCUAGCCACCCGCAAAGCAGCCAACCAGCCCGGUGGCGUCAUUCACCUGCUCUACCUCUGCGCCUACAUGUUGAUUCCCGGUCUGACGCCACAGGCCAUUGUGGAAGAAACCAACAGGACAGAGAAAUGGCUGCAGAUGGUCGAAAUUGCAGAAGAUGGGACGUCUUUCCUGUCUAAUCCAAGUCUGGCUUGUUUCAGUGGCCUUGAGGAUCAAAGUGUUGUGGAUAAGGCUGUGGAGAGUUUGGUGUGGUUUCCACUGGGUCCUGGGAAUGCUGUGACGACGGGAGAUGCCUGGAGGACUGUGCCUUCGACCUAUGUUCGGACGAGUCGGGACUGUGCUCUCGUGCCAGCUUAUCAAGAUAUCAUACUGGAGCGGAUUGAGAGAGAAGGUGUUGUCCCUGACGUUGUGGAAUUUGAUACUCACCAUAGUAUUUGGAUUUCACUCCCUAAAGAGAUGGUGCAGCUGGCUUUGAAGGCGGCGCAUGAUGAAAGGAAUUUGAAGUGA